CUCUCUGUACUCAAGAGUCAAGAGUGUCGUUUGUUUCAUUUUUUGUCCCUUCUGUUUUGGAGUUUUUGAAAUUUUCAUCUGUUUGCUUAGUUUUCCAAAUUUCCGGCAAUGUCUGGCCGAGGCGGUGGUGAACGUGGCAGUGGUCGGGGUGGUGGUCGACGUGGCCGGGGGCAGGGCCGUGGUCGCGGUCAACCUUCGCAGUCUUCCUCUCGCGGCGGCGGCGGUAGAGCAAGAGGCCGUGGAUCAUCUGGUUCUACUGCAACUUAUAAUCCCCCUCCUCCUCAAAUGGCUCCGGCUCAGCCACCUCCUCAAAUGGCUGUAGCUACGCCAGUUCCUCCAUCGGGGGCCCCUUUUUCUCAUCCUUCUUCAAGUUCUGGUGUAGGAUCACUUUCCAGAGAGGUAUCGGAGAAGCUUACAAUGGAGCCGGUGGCUGUGACUACGGCGCCUCCUCUUCCUCCGUCGUCGUCAAAGGCGAUUAGGUUCCCUCCAAGACCGGGGUUCGGCACGGUCGGUACAAAGUGUGUGGUUAGGGCCAACCAUUUUCUCGUAGAUGUUGCUAAUGCCGAUCUUCAUCACUACGAUGUUACUAUAACGCCUGAGGUAACCGCAAAAAAGGUUAACAGAGCAAUAAUGAAGCAACUUAUUGAUGUAUACAAAGAGUCGCAUCUUGGACGUCGGUGUCCAGCUUAUGAUGGCAGGAAGAGUUUGUACACUGCUGGUCCUCUUCCCUUCGAGUCAAAGGAGCUUGUUAUCAAGCUACCUGAGGAAGAUCGCAGUGCUGGUUCGUCUAGGCCUGCGCGGAAGGAGCGACAAUUUAAGGUUGCAAUCAAAUUGGCCUCCAAGCCAGACCUUCAUUAUCUGAGGGAGUUUCUGAGCAGAAAGCAUUUUGAAUGCCCUCAAGAAGCUAUUCAAGUUCUGGAUGUUGUUCUUAGAGCUAAACCAUCUCAGACAUAUACUGAGGUGGGAAGGUCUUUUUUCCAUACAUCAUUAGGUCCUAGAGGAGAACUUGGUAAUGGAAUAGAAUACUGGUCUGGAUAUUAUCAGAGUCUUCGACCCACUCAGAUGGGUUUAUCUCUUAAUAUUGAUGUGUCUGCUCGAUCAUUCUAUGAGCCAAUUUUAGUUUCAGAGUUUGUUGCGAAACAUUUCCGACGAUCAAACCUGUCAAAGCCGCUGUCUGAUCAAGAUCGUAUUAAAGUGAAAAAGGCCUUGAAGGGAGUAAGAGUUAAGCUCAUCUACAUGGAUUAUGCCAAAACUUGCAAGAUUAUUGGAGUAUCUAGAGACCCUAUAAGCCAGUUGACAUUUACUCAUGAUGAUAAGAGAACAAAUGUCUCUGUGGUCAAGUAUUUCCGUGAGAAAUACAAUGUUGUGCUUAAAUAUCCAUCCUUGCCUGCACUUCAAAGUGGAAGCGAAGCUAGACCUGUCUACCUGCCAAUGGAGCUUUGUAGUAUCGUUGAGGGUCAAAGAUACACAAAAAAACUAAAUGAACAACAAGUUAGAUCUCUGCUGAGAGCAACUUGUCAACGUCCGAACAUUAGGGAGGGGAAUAUUACAAAGAUGGUCCAGGUCAAUAAUUUUGAGGUGGAGGAGCUUGUUACUAAAGAAUUUGGAAUGCAUGUUCGCAAAGAACUUGCAUUGAUUAAUGCACGAGUUCUAAAUCCUCCAGUGCUAAAGUAUCACGAUAGUGGACGUGACAAAAUUGUUAAUCCUAGCUGUGGGCAAUGGAACAUGAUCAACAAGAAAAUGGUCAAUGGGGGUAAAGUUGAUUUCUGGUCUUGUGUGAACUUCUCCUCUGAAUAUAGGAAUAUGUCAGAAGACUUCUGUGCGGGGCUGGUGAAUAUGUGUAACAGCAAAGGAAUGGUGUUUCGCCAAACUCCUUCAAUUGCAAUGCGAUCAGCUCGUGCUGAUCGAAUUGAUCAGACUCUCAUGGAUGUAUACAAAGAGUCUGCAGGCUUGAAUAAGCCACUUAAGUUGUUGAUAAUUAUCUUACCUGAUCAGACUGGCUCAUAUGGAAAAAUAAAGCGAAUUUGUGAGACGGAGCUAGGUAUUGUUUCACAAUGUUGUAAGCCUGCGCAAGCUUCAAAGUUUAGCAACCAAUAUUUUGAAAAUGUUGCUCUCAAGAUCAAUGCUAAGGUUGGGGGGAGAAAUACUGUGCUGAACGAUGCUGUUUUAAGGAGAAUUCCGCUUGUGACUGAUGUCCCUACAAUCAUUUUUGGGGCAGAUGUCACUCAUCCGCCGCCUGGCGAAGACUCUAGUUCUUCUAUAGCUGCAGUCGUUGCUUCAAUGGAUUGGCCUGAGGUAACCAAGUAUCGUGGAAUUGUCUCUGCACAGACUCACCGGGUGGAAAUAAUCGAGGAUCUUUAUAAACAAACUAGGGAUCCACAGAAGGGUUUAGUUGAGGGUGGAAUGGUUAGGGAGUUGCUUCUUGCUUUCUACAGGUCAACGAAACAAAAGCCUUCUAGAAUUAUCUUCUAUAGAGAUGGUGUUAGUGAAGGACAAUUCAGCCAAGUUUUGCUUUAUGAAAUGGAUGCGAUUCGGAAGGCUUGUUCCUCGCUACAGGAAGGAUAUAUGCCUCGGGUUACAUUUGUUGUGGUUCAAAAGAGGCAUCAUACUCGCUUAUUCCCUACUGAUCGCAACAAAACUGAUAGGAGUGGCAACAUAUUACCAGGUACUGUUGUGGAUACUAGCAUCUGUCAUCCAACUGAGUUUGAUUUUUAUCUCAAUAGUCAUGCUGGAAUCCAGGGGACAAGCAAGCCCACACAUUACCACGUUUUGUUGGAUGAAAAUGGCUUCAGUGCUGACAUCUUGCAAGUGCUCACAAACAAUUUAUGUUACACGUAUGCGAGGUGUACCAAGUCCGUUUCCAUAGUUCCUCCGGCGUACUAUGCUCACCUCGCUGCUUAUAGGGCACGCUAUUAUAUUGAGGAUGAGAUGUCGGAUAGUGGGUCUACUGGUGGAGGCCGAAAGCCGAAAGACAAGGUUGUAGAGGUUAGGCCGCUGCCCAGCAUAAAGGAUAAUGUGAAGGAAGUGAUGUUCUACGUCUGAUAAAUUAUGUUUGGUUGAUUGUGGGAAGUUGCGCAAGUAUAGUUGCACAGUUUGUGGAUGAUGGUGGAGUCUAAUUUUGGAGUUUUUGUUUUGGUGGUUGAGCGACUUGUUGUCUGAAGUUUGAAUUAUUAUAAAUCACACACUGUUUGUGGAUUACGAAAAUUACAUAAAUGUUCUUUAUUUUUAAGACAUGUUCUUAGAAAGGAGUUUUGGUAUCAUUCUUAAGCUUCUUUUAUAUCACCGAUUAAUACAAGAGACGAUGAAAUUUUAGAGAAUAA